UAAACCCAUUUACCCUAAACCCCUAUACCCUAAACCCAAAAUCCUAUACCCUAAACCCUAUUCCAUAACCCCUAUACUCUAUUCCAUAUUCCCUAACCCCUAUACCCUAAACCCUAUUCCCUAACCACGAUACCCUAAAUCCUAUUCCCUAAACCCUAUACCCUGAACCCUAUUCCGUAACCCCUAUACUCUAUUCCAUAUUCCCUAACCCCAAUACCCUAAACCCUAUACCCUAACCCCUAUACACUACUCCCAAACCCUACCCACACCCUAUUCCCACACCCUACCCCUGUCCUAUCUCCUCAUCCAGUACCCCAGCCUCUCUACCAGGGAGACACCAGUCUACAGCGUCAAGUUCUCCAGUACUAGCAGGUCCAGUCGUCAUCAUGUUCUAUGGGUCGUCCUCUACCUCGGGGGCCUCCAUGUCGCUGCCCUCCAAGAGCCGUCUCAAACGCCAGAGCAGAACAUUCACGCAGGUUCUGUACCGGACUCUGAGUUACCGGGAUCGUCCCCCGGCCGACCACACCUCCCGAGACCGCCGCUCCGUCACUGAACCCCCCGACGACGACCGUCCCCGUGACGACCCCGCGGAACUCUCCACCCAGAGCUCCGCCCCCGGCGUCCUGAAGAUCUUCGGAGAUGAGAUCUGCGAGGGCGCCAACUACAAGUCCGUCCUCGCCACGCCCCGGUCCAGCGCACAGGAACUGGUCAAAGAGGCGCUGGAACGCUAUUCGCUGAACAAAGCCUCCGCCCACUCCUACGUCCUCUGCGACGUGAUAGGUCAGCUGGAGGGGGGAGGAGGUGGAGGUCAGGAGGGAGGAGAGGGCGAAGGAGUAGGACAGGGAGGAGGAGGGGGGUGGAGGACGGAGUGUCUACGGGCGAUGGGCGACAACGAGAAACCAUUGUUGUUACAGGAACUAUGGAAGCCCAGAGAGGGACAUGCCAGGAGGUUUGAGCUGCGGAGGAGAGCGGAGGUAGAGGAGCUGAACGCCAAGGAGAAGGAUACGGUCACUGCAGAUAUCAACGCCCAGGCUAUUAGCUACAGAGGAACAGAACUAUUAGGAACUCUGACACUACUAUUACUAGAUUAUGGGACCACCUUCUGCCUAUUCCUAUUACUCAGUGAGACCAGUCUCAACCAGGUGGGUAUAACAGACGAGCUAUUAUAGCGUUACUACUCCACCCUGCCGGGACCUCUGAGGACGAGGGGAGUCAAGGGGGGCCACGACCAGGAGGAAGGAGGGAGAGGGGGAGGAGCGGGGGGAGGAGGGGUGAGACAUUCCCUCUACCAGUCCCCUCACCUGUUGCUGCUGCAGGGAUACAACAGACAGGACUGCCUGGUGUACCUGUUGAACAGAGAGCAGCACACUGUGGGUCAGGAGAUAUGUUCAGCCCGUCCAAACAUCUGCCUGUCCUCUCCUGACAUCCUGCCACUCCACUGUCGCCUCCACCGGCCCGCCGCCGUCACCGGGGACGACCGCUCCUGCGUUGCCGUGGAGCCCAUCCCCCACGCGACGGUCCUGGUCAACUUCUCCCGGUGCGAGCAAUCCACCCAGCUCCGCCAUGGCGACCUCCUGUCGUUCGGAGCCCACUACAUCUUCCUGUAUAAGGACCCAACGGGUGCCAAACCACUCCCCUCCCAGACGCUGGCACGCCUCCGAACCCUGGGGCAGCUGUACGAGGCUGGGGGAGGGGUUGGAGACGGAGGGUGGGACGGAGGGGGAGGGACCUGUAAGGCGUGUGGCUCUUUGUUAAAGGACAGGGGGCGUUGUCCUAAUAAAUUGGCCCCCCGCCAGGCGCAGUUUCAAACCGCACCUGAAGAGACGUUAUAUUUACAGCUGGACUUUGAGCAGGCCCACGAGGACGCCCUGGUGAGCAGGAUCAUGUCUCUGAUCGAGCCGGGCGGAGACGACCACAAGUUAGCCCCUGCCUACCUGCUGUGUCUCUGCAUACAGCACUCUGCUUCUGCCUUCCCACCAGGCUGCUUCGGCAAAUUGCUGCUGAAGAUAAUAGUACGAUGCAUACAGACCGUCUCCUGGGAGAAGACAAAGGAAUUGGCACAGAAGCAAGCUCAGCAUCAGGACCCGGCCUCCCUGUCUCUCCUGUCCAUCAGUGAUCUGAUCCCAGACCUGCAGGUCGUAUUCUUCUGGAUGUCCAACAGUAUAGAGAUCCUGUACUUCAUCCAACAGAAGGCCCCAGCAUACACACAGGGCAUAGAGACGCUCGACUCUAAAGGUUCCAAGGAGUCGUUGCUAUCGGCGACCAUCUCAGCCAAUGAGGAGGCUAUGACCAUCCUGGAGGAAGUGAUCAUGUACACCUUCCAGCAAUGUGUCUACUACAUCACCAAGUCCCUGUACGUAGUACUUCCUGGUCUACUGGACUGUAACCCGUUCCCGGUGGACAGCUCUGAACCCUGCUGGAGAGGAGGUACAGGCUUUCCUGAGCCCGUUCGCAGGGUCCUGCAGGUGCUCCAGUGCAGUCAGGAGCUACUCCAGGGGUACCAGGUCCACCCAGAGGUCCAGGCCCAGAUGUUCUCCUACCUCUUCUUCUUCUCCAACGUAUCUCUCUUCAACCAGCUCAUGGACAAGGGUCCGUCGCGGGGCUGGUUCCAGCGCUCUAAGGUUCUCCAGGUACAGGCCUGUGUCAGGAUGGUUCUAGAGUGGACUAGGAAGGCGGGGCUUAGUUACCUGGCAGACAAGUUCUUCAACAAGUUCAACAGCGCUGUCAGCAUCCUGGCCACACCUCCUCAGCAGCUAACACAGAUGAGUUGGAAGGUGCUGUGUGCAGACCACCCCAGUCUGAAGCCGGUUCAGCUGCAUGGCCUGUUGACUCAGUACCAGUUGACAGCUGAGAUGGGGCCUGUUCCUAUCUGGCAGCCCGGCAGUGAGGAUGAGGCAUACAUAUACAGGACAGUGGACCUUUUGGAGAGUUUUGAGAACCACCCUCCCAUCGUCCUCCCCAGCGGGGGGUUCAGAGUGGACCUGGACAGUGACUGUCUAGAGGACAGCAUCUAUAGGCAGCUGCUCUAUGUCAAACACUUCCUCUGGGGGCUACGCACACACACUCACACACACCCCACUAUCAACAACACACACACUCACACACACCCUACUGUCAACAACACAAACACUCACACACACCCUACUGUCAACAACACACACACUCACACAAGGGAGUUCCCUCCGUCCCACAACAGUCCCCGGUCAGGAGGGGUGGAGGAGUGGGUGAGGGACAGAACCCCAGGCCAAUGUCACAACAGUGUGAGGAGAAAUGGCACCGCCCCCCACUUCCGGCCGACCAACCAGGACCCUUCGUGCCUCCUGACUUCGCCCAACACGCCCCGGAACCCCGAGGGGGGUGGGGCUGACCUGGUUGGACACGCCCCCCAGGUCAACGGCUGCAGUAAUAGGACACAUUCAAUGGACAAGAAGAAAAGCAACGGACUAGAGGUGUUCAGUACUGCAUGUAUCCCCCUGGUGGCCAGUGUUCAGUACUGCAUGUCUCCCCCUGGUGGCCAGUGUUCAUGUGUGUCUAGCUGUAGUGUGUGUCUAGCUGUAGUGUGUGUCCUUUCUACAGGUAGUUUAAGUGAGUUCCCCUUCCCUGUGCCUCCCGAGGCCCUGCUACCUGAUGAUGAGUGUUGUCUGGUGUUUGUAGUGGAGCUGAACAAGGGACCCUACGGACUGGGCAUGGGACUCAUAGACGGACUGCACACGCCUCUGAAUGCUCCAGGGAUCUAUAUCAGAACUCUGAUACCAGACGGUCCGGCGGAGUCCGACGGGAGGCUGAGGAUUGGAGACAGGAUACUAGCGGUUAACGGGACCAGCCUGAUAGGAGCAGACUACCAGAGUGCUGUGGAUCUGAUUCGUCUAGGUGGAGGACGCCUGCGUUUCCUGGUGGCCAAGUCAGACCUGGAGGUCUCGGAGAAGAUCAGCGCUUCGUCCUGCUGACUGGAGGGAACGGCGGGAAUCUCCACGGGAACCGCUGCCCCCACAGCUCCACCAGGAGAGACGAGGAAGAGAGGAGAUGGAUUCCAGGGAACCGCUGCUCCCACAGCUCCACCAGGAGAGACGAGGAAGAGAGGAGAUGGAUUCCAGGGAACCGCUGCCUCCACAGCUCCACCAGGAGAGACGAGGAAGAGAGGAGAUGGAUUCCAGGGAACCGCUGCCUCCACAGCUCCACCAGGAGAGACGAGGAAGAGAGGAGAUGGAUGCCAGGAAGAUGGACAGAUCCUGGAACGAGGAGAUACUCUCCUGCGAGAGAGACGGAGCUUUCCAUCAGUCCCUAGUAUCACAUGCACAGACACACACACAUCGGCCUCAGAACUCAGACGGUGAUGGUUGGAGAAAAAAACAAACUGAAAAUCCACAAAUGAAUCGAUCAAAAGCACCAAAACACUCUGGGAAGAGACUCAGGAAUUGAUCAGGAGUUUCGCGACACGAGGAGUCAACAGACACCUUUAAAAAACCAGACAGACAUUCGCUGUUACCACGGUAACACACGCCCUGCCUGGAUUGGCGGAGGUACCGAGUCACCCCCCCCCCAGAACCCCCCUGACUCCCAUUGUCUCUGAGUAUGACUGCCAAGGCAUUCCGACCAAUCACCUGCGAAUAGUCAGUGAUUUGAAGCAAAGUCUAACCAAUCAGUCUCGAGCGUUAACCCCUUCCAGCCGGGGUUCUUUUAAAGCACAGUGGAGUUAGUUUGGGGUCCGAUGCUCCUCCCCCGAAGUCAACAAUACAAUGCUAUCAAUCAAACAUGUUGUGGGGAAUAGACUCAGGAGUUCUUUAGGGGUCCGAUGCUCCUCCCCUGAAGUCAACAAUACAAUGCUUUCAAUCAAACAUGUUGUGGGGAAUAGACUCAGGAGUUCUUUAGGGGUCCGAUGCUCCUCCCCCUCCUCCCCUGAAGUCAACAAUACAAUGCUAUCAAUCAAACAUGUUGUGGGGAAUAGACUCAGGAGUUAGUUUGGGGUCCGAUGCUCCUCCACCGAAGUCAACAAUACAAUGCUAUCAAUCAAACAUGUUGUGGGGAAUAGACUCAGGAGUUAGUUUGGGGUCCGAUGCUCCUCCACCGAAGUCAACAAUACAAUGCUUUCAAUCAAACAUGUUGUGGGGAAUAGACUCAGGAGCAGGUUCAUGUGUGUGUGUGAGCAGAUCUUUAUUCAUAUUAUAACCCAGAGAUUGUAGCUUUCUGAUCUGUUCUUAAACCUGGGGCCACUGUUAAACGAUCUGCUGACCGAACCAUUGAGAUUCAAUGGGGAAAUGUCCAUGUUGGCCUCUCAUUGACUGUAUAUACAUGCUAUGUACAUAUCAAUGUGCCCUUCCACACUCUGUGUGGAGGACUGUUGGAGUGACAUGCUCUAUUGAAGAAUGUUGUGAUGCUCUAUUGAAGAAUGUUGUGAUGCUCUAUUGAAGAAUGUUGUGAUGCUCUAUUGAAGAAUGUUGUGAUGUUCUAUUGAAGAAUGUUGUGAUAUUCUAUUGAAGAAUGUUGUGAUAUUCUAUUGAAGAAUGUUGUGAUGUUCUAUUGAAGAAUGUCGCAAUGUUCUAUUGAAGAAUGUUGUGAUGUUCUAUUGAAGAAUGUCGUGAUGUUCUAUUGAAGAAUGUCGCAAUGUUCUAUUGAAGAAUGUUGUGAUGUUCUAUUGAAGAAUGUCCUGAUGUUCUAUUGAAGAAUGUCGUGAUGUUCUAUUGAAGAAUAUUGUGACGUUCUAUUGUUCUGAAAGAAUGUCAUCAUGAACCCUGUUUAUAGCUGAUGCUAACCUGUGUCCUGUUCUCGUCCACAUUUCUAGACCAUUAGAAGAUUAGUGUUCAGCACUUUCUGACCGCCCCCGUAGGUUGUUCUGAGGGCAGCUCCGCCUCCAGGGAACUGGCAGAACAAAGCCAUUGGUUGGAUGAAAACUCAGUGACAUGUCAGUGGGCGGGGUUUACAGGGGAGAGUCAAAUAAGAAAAGGCCUUGGGUGGUAGGUUGCCACAAGUUCUCAUUUACAACUGUGACCUGACCAAGAUAAAGCAAAGCAUUGCAACACAAACAACAACACAGAGUUACACAUGGAGUAAACAAACGUGCAGUCAAUAACACAAUAGAAAAAUCUAUA